AUGCUCCUUGCCCUUCGGCACGGUUUCCGGUCCGUGCGGAGCGCUCCUGGCCGAAGUAGCCGAUACCGACUACGAACGCAGCCAAAAUUCGUUAUCCUACUACGACAUCAGCAUAAGAAUGCCAGAGAUAUACAUUUGCAUAAUGAAAAUAACGGCCAAGAUUCCCUUGGAGGUAGAAUACUUCAGUUUAUUCGAGACGAAACAAAGUAUCUCUCCGAAUCGAUGAAAAUAGAUGAGUCUCUCAAUGAGAAUCCUCAAAUCAGCCCAGACAAGAUCGAUCCGGCUUUGCUGAGCCAGAUCGCUGCAUUACCCGAUAUCCAUGAGCAAUUUGCCACACUCCUACGACUGCCAAAGUUUGCUGUACACCCAGACGUUCUUCUACAAUUCUACUCGCUCUUGCCAGUGGUAGACGAGCCAGAAAGACAGCUUCUACUAAGGAGGCUUGUGUUCCACCGCCAAUGGCACCAAUUUUGGCAAACUGCCAUCACGGACGCUACAUCUUUGAGCGAUGUGGAGGACCUUGUCGAGCUUAUUCACGCUGAGCUUCAGGCAAGUAACAACAACCUUUUCGGCGUAUGGGAAGCUAUUCGGGCCGCGGUACAUCAAACAACGACAUCUGGAUUACUCAAUUCGAUUCUCGAGGGCAUCGAGUUCAAGUUUGGCUUCCUGAAGACCCAGAUAUCGAACUUCGUCGCAUAUAUUCGUGAGCUCGAUAAUGUAGAAACUCAGGAAGAGCUUGAGUUGUUGGAGGAAAGUCAAAGAGACGCAUUAUCAAACAACAUGAUUCAUAAAGCCUUUUACAUCCAAGCACGAUUGAGGUUUGACAACUGUGUCUCUGUUGAAAAGGACCCAUGUUUUCUCAAGUCACCUGGAUGGUAUUCAUUUUUAACGUCAUCAAUUCCUCAACGAAUUCACUACCUUGCAUAUGGUUCUGAGACCGAGGCAGAAACCCCGAGCCUGGCGCAGAAACCAGCAUUAAUGUCUUAUUUUUUGCAUCAUCGACUGGCUUACCUUAAUGAGAAUGACCUUUUUUCUCUUUUCCAAUCAGCCACGCCACAAGACGCCAAACGUAUUUAUCUCCUUGCAUACAAAAACAGCCAACGCAACUUAGUUCUGAGUCGGCGAAUUUUCAAUCAUAUUUUGCUGUUAGCAAAACUACACAAAGACGACAAGCUAGUUCUUGAGGUCUUCGAGAAGUUUCUUAAGUAUCUUUCACCUCAGAUAUGCGAAAGUCUAUUACCCUUGAUUGUUGUGAAUAACCCAAGGCUUCUUCGUUCGUUUGAGAGAAAAAGACCAGAUUCGUUCAACAAUUCGGUGUUAAAUUUCGUGAGAAGCGGUGUUUCUGCCCAAAAGCUAGCAUCAGUCAUUGCAUAUUGUAACAACCGCCGUCGAGCAAUCCGUCUUGCUUUAAAAGCUGCAUCACUAGAUGCUAUUGAGGCUCAAGAGGUAGUAAGAUACCUUCUUAAUGGCAAACUAACAGCUUACAACCUUCUAGAAGUAUUACGGUUUGCAUUUCGCUAUGAAUUGCUCAACGAGCUGACUUGUCAACUUGUUGACGAAAUUUUGAAGAAAACGUGGAACGCUAAUAAACUCAUCAAGCGCGGUCAAGCCCGAAGUUACCAGUUUAAAGAUGAUUUCAGAUUUUAUUAUGCGAUGUCCUCAAAGGAAGAACGGUUUCGGUUAACGAAGACAAUUGUAACGUUAGGACAGGCAAUGUCAGUCUUAGAUACGAGAAAGUUGGCCGAAUUCUACAAGCUUCUUCGCUACUAUAUCUUUCACUCAUCCAAAUUCACAUUCGUUACGUCAAAUACCGGGAAAACUUACUUGAUGGAUCGCUUAAUCAAGUAUACCAUGCACUUUAUCUACAAGUCACAAGGGGACUCUCAAGAAAAAGAUGGAGUGAAAAAGAUUAGGGACGUUUUGAACUCCCUAAAUUUCAAUACUAAUCUGGGUCAAAGUUCGCUACUUGAGUUCAUUGUCUAUGAAGAGCCCAAAAUAGCACAUGAAAUUCUCAAAAAAUACCAAUCAAGAAAAAGUGCGUUCAGUAGUUCCAUGAUGGAAGGGGUCUUUCGUGGAGUGCUUCGAUCAAGGUCACUUUCGCCAUUGCAAAGAGUAUUGGCAUUUGAUAAUCUUCGGAACAUCGCGAAAACUAUGGGUUAUAGGCACGAAAUGAGUGCAAGGUUGGUUGUGCUUUAUGGCAACCUGAUAAUGAGUUGCUUGCGCCAGGACGAACGUAAGACCGCUGAUCUUUUGAAAGAAGUUAUUCAGAUGGGCCACUCGAGGGGAGUUCCUUUGUCAGUGAUAAAGGGCUGGUCCAAAUCCAAAGCGUAA